AAUAAGUGAUGAAACGUAAAUGACGUGACAGGUACUUCUGUAUGCACAGCUGUUAACGUGGACGGUCGGCGCUUAUCCGCAAGGAGGGCGAUUGGCAGACGCCCUCAUUCCAGCCAAUCAGAUUGCGUGCCAACACAUGGCCAUUUCUCAAAUAGAGAUCUAUAGAGAAAACAUGCCUUCAGUUCCACCCAACAAAGAGAACGACAGUCCUGCCUGCCCUUUUGCUGGCAAGAAGACCACUGGUAGGUAUGGUGUUGAGAUGUUGGUUUCGGAUGAUGUAGACAGACCUCUGCAGCUAAAUAGAGAAACUGGGAUCACUGACCCAAAAUGGAUUCGUCCGGACCUGCCAAGUAGAUGUACCUGGAAACCAGGAAUGUCUCCUGAAAAUUCCCCUCACAAAUACUUCCCCAGGACAAAAGCUGAGAAGAUUCUACCCAACAUCCUGGACAUGAUUGGAGACACACCACUGGUGCGCAUAAACAAGAUCUCUAAGACUUUUGGACUAAAAUGUGAACUUUUGGCCAAAUGUGAGUUCUUUAAUGCUGGUGGUAGUGUGAAGGACCGUAUUAGUCUGCGUAUGGUGGAGGAUGCAGAAAGGGAAGGCAUCCUCAAACCUGGAGACACUAUUAUAGAGCCCACCUCUGGAAAUACAGGUAUUGGUCUUGCACUGGCUGCAGCAGUGAAGGGAUAUCGCUGCAUAAUUGUUAUGCCUGAGAAAAUGAGCAAGGAAAAGGUUGAUGUCUUGAGAGCUUUGGGUGCUGAGAUUGUCCGAACUCCCACCAGUGCACGGUUUGACUCCCCAGAGUCCCAUGUGGGUGUAGCUUGGCGCUUGAAGAAUGAGAUUCCUAACUCACACAUCCUGGACCAGUACCGUAAUCCCAGCAACCCCCUGGCUCAUUAUGACACCACUGCUGAGGAGAUUCUGGAGCAGUGUGAUGGUAAAUUGGAUAUGCUGGUGGCCGGAGCCGGCACAGGUGGCACUAUUACCGGAGUUGCCCGCAAACUGAAGGAGAAAUGCCCAAAUAUUAAGAUUGUUGCGGUGGACCCAGAGGGCUCGAUCCUCGCUGAGCCUGAUGAGCUGAACCGGACAGAUAAAACCCAGUAUGAGGUGGAGGGCAUCGGAUAUGACUUUAUACCCACCGUCUUGGAUAGAUCUAUGGUUGACAAAUGGUACAAAUCCAAAGAUGAGGAAUCAUUUGCUAUGGCCCGAAUGCUUAUAAGAGAUGAAGGGCUGUUAUGUGGUGGGAGCUCAGGUACUGCCAUGGCGGCUGCAGUAAAGUUUGCCAAAGAGCUGAAGGAGGGGCAGCGCUGUGUCGUGAUUCUGCCAGACUCCAUUCGCAACUACAUGUCCAAGUUCUUGAGUGACAAGUGGAUGUUCCAGAAGGGCUUUCUGAGAGUGGAAGACAUCAUGGUGAAUAAACCCUGGUGGUGGAAUCUGAAAUUACAAAGUCUAAACCUUUCUGCUCCACUAACUGUGCUGCCCACAGUCACAUGCCAAAAAACCAUCAAAAUCUUGAAAGAAAAGGGCUUUGACCAGGCACCUGUUGUAGAGGAAUCUGGGUUGAUUCUGGGAAUGGUGACCCUGGGAAACAUGCUUGCCUCUGUACUUGCAGGAAAGGUCAAGCCCUCUGACCCUGUCAGCAAAGUGCUCUACAAACAGUUCAAGCAGAUCCGUCUAACUGACAAUCUGGGAAAGCUGUCUCGGAUCUUAGAAACGGAUCAUUUUGCCCUUGUGGUCCAUGAGCAGAUUCAGUAUCUGACUGAUGGAUCUUCCACUCAAAAGCAAAUGGUGUUUGGAGUGGUGACAGCCAUCGAUCUCCUCAACUUUGUGACAGCUCGAGAGAAAAGAGAGAGAUCGAUGUCAGAAUCAACAGAUGAAUACUGAAGGCAUUAGAGCACUUCCUGCCUCAAUCUGAAUGUCAUGCACUACAAAAAAUCAUAACGUUGGAGUUAUAGAUACCAUGUGGUUAUUUCACCUAAAUUUGGGAAGUAGGGUUGGGUGGCACUGCUUCUUAAAAUUAUAUUUCUUGCUUAUCUGAUUUCAUAGCCAAUAAUUAUGUAAACAUUUACAAAUGUUGUUGACAAUUAUUAACUAAUGUUAACAAAUUUACAAUGAUGUUUAAAGGCAUCAGAACAGGGUCUAAAAUUAAGUUUUUACCAAUAAUUAACUUUACUGGAUAUAAAUCAUUACUGGCCAUGGAUGUGUAUUUUGCUUUGUGUUAUUCUAAAACUAUUGGUUUUAGUCAAUGUGACAAUUAUUGUGUUUUUUUUUCUUGAAUAUUUUGGACAAACAGUGCUGACAAAAAGUCAGUGGCUCACUGUAUUCUGUGCUACAGCUAUGUCUGUCACAAAGUGAUUUUACUCUGUAUUUUCAUUUUGGUUGCUUAAUGUGAGAAAUAUUUGACAUGUAUGUCACCACAUGUAGUUGUAGGCACCUCUGAUGGAAAAUUUUCCUCUGAGGUAAAAGUUGUUACAAGCUGCAAAGCAAGGGUGUCCAAUCCUCCUAGAGGGUCACUUUCUUUCAGAGGUUAGCUCCAAUACAACUGCCUGGAAGUUUCUAGUGUUCUUUCUUAAAGACCUUGAUAAGCUGGUUUAGGUGUGUUUAAUUGGGGCUAGAGCUAAACUUUGCUUGAAGGUGGCCCUCCAGAAGCCGGUAAUGUUUAUAACCUUUCUUUUGAAUCAAUUUAUUCACUUUUAUCAGUAAGGGCCAGGUUGAUCGAUGUGAUGUUGCAGGAUCAACCCCAGUGAAGGCAAGUGGCCUUGGCACAAAAUGUGUUAAACCAGAUCGUUCAAGGUGGAGUAGAUAGAUAAUGGUGUAGUUGAUAAAAAUUAGUUUACCUGCUUGACUGUUGAAUGUUGUUUCUAAAUUUGCUUUCAUUACUCUAGCCUUCUUACUGUAUUAUAUAAAAAAGUUGGUACAUUACAAAGAAUAAAGUAAAUACCAUUUUAAAA